AAUGAAAGAGUUAAGGAUGAAGCGAUGUGCACUGCAGGGCUGUGGAUGUGAUAUCAUUCACCACACAGCCACAACAGGAGCACAGCAAUGACUUGGAUGUUUCUCUGAGGGAACUUGUGCACAGUUUAUUCACGCUCCACAGAUACACAAGGCUGGGUAGGCCCAGCUGCAGAGAAAGAUGAGAAGAGGAGACUCGCCUCUUAGAAAGCAGAAGUCAAGUCCUUGCUUGGGAAAGAACAUGCCUCGACAGUUCCCAAAGGUAACUCUGAGUGAGGUAGAAAAGGAGACACAACUGCUAGCAGAGAAGGUUUAUGCAUCAGCGCUGAAGGAAGAGGACAAUAAAGAUGCAUUGUCAAUGUUCACUGUACCGGAGGACUGCCCGAUUGGCCUCCAGCAAGCCAAGGACCAUGAACUGCUUAAGGAGCUGGCAGAGCAGCAGUCAGAGGAGAGCACCAAGAGGAGGAAAAGCUUGAAGAUGAUUCGAUCCCAGUCAAUGUCCCUGCAGAUUCCAGUGAAUACAGACUGGGCACGCUCGGUGACGCCAUUCGUGUCCCCAAGCUCCACCUGCUCCUCAGUGCCAGAGGCCUGCCCGGACUACCAGAGGGUCACUAUCAGUGGUGAUUACUGUGCUGGAAUCACUGUGGAGGACUAUGAACAGGCAGCCAAAAGUCUGUUCAAAGCUCUUCUUAUUCGUGAGAAAUACUCAAAGUUAGCCUAUCACAGAUUCUGCAGAACCACCGCUCAGUUCCUCCGCAAUGCUGAGAACUCAGGAUGGAACGAAGAUGAUGAGGUCAUUCCAGAUAUGUAUCCGCACCCAAAAGAAGGGGAGGAUCCGUACAGCAUGGAGAACAUCCCUGAAAACUUGAACUGUGAGCUGAAGAUGAAGGAUGGGAUAGUGUACAUGUACGACAGUGCUGAGGCACUGAGAGAAAGCAAACCCCAUGACCUUCCUUACCCAGAUUUGGAGACCUUUGCUAUAGAUCUCAGUCAUGUGCUGGCAAUGAUUGCAGAUGGACCCACAAAGACCUAUUGUCACAGAAGACUUAACUUCUUGAGCUCAAAGUUCUACCUCCACGAGAUGCUCAACGAGAUGGCUGAGCUAAAAGAACUGAAAAGUGUUCCUCACAGAGAUUUCUACAAUGUUCGAAAGGUGGACACACACAUUCAUGCAGCGGCCUGCAUGUCUCAGAAACACCUGCUGACCUUCAUCCAGAAAACGUGCGAGACCGAUUCUAACCGUGUGGUGUUGGAAAAGGUGGGGCAAAAGAUGACCCUGCAGCAGGUUUUCCACAGCCUCAACAAGGACCCCUAUGACCUCACCGUGGACUCCCUGGAUGUACAUGCUGGGAGACAAACCUUCCACAGGUUUGACAAGUUCAAUUCCAAGUACAACCCAGUGGGUGCCAGUGAACUCAGAGAAAUCUUCCUGAAGACAGACAACCUCAUUACCGGAGAGUAUUUUGCCAGCAUCAUAAAGGAAGUGUCUCAUGACCUGGAGGAGAGUAAGUACCAGCAUGCAGAGCCUCGUCUCUCCAUCUACGGACGCUCUCCUGAGGAGUGGCACAGUCUGUCCAAGUGGUUCAUUCAACACAAAGUUCACUCUCCUAACAUGAGGUGGAUCAUUCAGGUGCCCAGGAUAUAUGACAUUUUCAAGUCCAAGAAGCUGGUGAACAAUUUUGCCAACAUGCUGGAGAACAUCUUCAUGCCUCUGUUUGAUGCCACUGUGAACCCCCAGAAGCACAAAGAGCUUCACGUCUUCCUCAAAUAUGUGUCUGGCUUUGACAGUGUGGAUGAUGAGUCCAAACACAGUGACCACAUGUUCUCCUUCAGGAGCCCAAAGCCGGAGCAGUGGACUACAGACGAGAACCCUCCUUACAGCUACUACGUCUUCCACAUGUAUGCAAACAUCAUGGUCCUCAACAACCUCAGAAAAGAACGUGGUCUGAGUACCUUCCAGUUCCGGCCCCACUGUGGAGAAGCCGGAUCAAUCACACAUCUGGUCUCCGCCUUUCUGACAUCUGACAACAUCUCACAUGGGCUCAACUUGAAAAAGAGUCCGGUGCUGCAGUACCUGUACUACCUGGCCCAGGUACCAAUUGCAAUGUCUCCACUCAGCAACAACAGUCUGUUCCUGGAGUACUCCAAAAAUCCUCUCAGAGAGUUUCUGCACAAAGGCCUGUGUGUGUCCCUGUCCACAGAUGAUCCCAUGCAGUUCCACUACACCAAGGAACCAUUAAUGGAAGAGUACGCUAUCGCUGCUCAGCUGUGGAAGCUCAGCACCUGUGAUGUGUGUGAAAUAGCCAGGAACAGUGUGCUGCAAAGUGGACUCUCUCACCAGGAUAAGAAGCACUUCCUGGGACCAAACUAUCUGAAAGACGGACCCGAAGGAAACGAUAUCCGUCGGACCAACGUUGCACAGAUCCGCAUGGCCUACAGACACGAGACGCUGUGUAAUGAACUCAGCUUCAUCGUGGACGCAGUGAAGUCUGAAGCCAUGAACUUACUGUCAGAAUAAACUGGCCCCCAGAAUCAGGCAUGCUGAGCUCUUAGUAACUAUGUAGCUUUAUUUUGAAAGGGGGCGGUGAGGAGGCACUGUGAUUAUUUAAUGAGAAACACAUAAUCCUGUUAGUUCAAUAAAUGCUUGCUAUGCAAUGCC